AUGUCGACGACACGACCCAGAAACGAAACCAAUGGAUCUCUUGUAGUUAAUGAUAUGCCAUCAUUCUGGAGAGCCGUCGAUCAAGUCGAGGCUAGUCUACGAACCUUCAAGGAGAAUGUCGCAAACAUAUCAUCCAUGCAAAGUCGACUUCUUAAUAGUGUAGGGAAUUCAAACAUUGAGCAAAGACUCGAUGCUUUGAGUGCUGAGACGAAGACGCUUUCCCAUACACUGAGGAACCAAAUCAAACAAUUGGAGGCUACUGGUAGUCAGACCGAGCAAGGGAUCAGAAGGACCAAGAGAUUAAGUAGCACCUCCCUUCGUUUGAACCUGCAAUUGACCUAUUCGAAAGGCAGAGUUGUUAAAGAAUCAGUUCCUCCAAGCACUGCAGGAGUACCAAACCGCGGAGCAGAAGCAUAG